AUGUCUGAAAAGGACAAGAAGGCACAACUGAAGGCGCUAGUCAGAAAUUCAAAAAAACUGCAAAAAGCACUUUCUGACGCCCGUGCGGAACGCACACAUAGUGGAGUGAUUGUUAAAGGUGCUGACAAAGUUGAUCACUAUUUAACAAAAUUCACCACAUUGAUGCCUGAUGAAUACUUUGACUCAAUUCCAUUCACCAAUGACGUCUCCACUGAAUUGUUGAACACUUGGAAUUGCGCAAUAGAACAUUUAAUUAAGAUGCCACAACACAACGUGACCCCUUCAAUAUACUUUCUGAUGUGCAAGCUGAUCCAAAUCAAACAAAUCCAACCGAUGGCUCUAGCAGACUUCCCCGCACCCGACGAGGUUGCUCCACAAGUCGAAAAGUUACUUGAGUUGUAUUACUCCUGUCUUGCCAAAACUGCGUUGUACUUUAUACUCGCUUUGAACGACGCAGAUGAGAUAGAGGAGUAUGAAAAGAAAGAAAAGAAGCCCAACACACUUGUGCCACCACGAAAGAAGAAGAAACUCUCCACUUUCCAAUUUUCAAGCACCGUCAAACCAAUCAACCCGGAUUAUUACGAUGACGCCGCUCACGCGUUUGUGUUGAUAUCACAACGAGUUCCCGAUAUCUAUGAAGGUAUCUUGGAAACAGUGAACUACUUGAGUGGGGCGAAAAUAGGGGAGAAGGGGUGUGUUGUCCUCACUGAAGAAGUGAAAGAGAACUUCCAGAUGUUCAAGAAGUGGGAAAGCGUCGAGAAGUACAUUUCAGGGAAGUCUCCGAACUGCGAGAAAUUGUGUCAAGCGAUCGACACGAUGGAUAUGAAGUGGUUAGUCCAUUUCCAGUGUCGUGGGAGAUUUGCGAUCCAAUACAUCAAGGCGUGGAUCGAGUACAUCGUCAAGAAUGAAAAAGAUGUGAAGAACUAUCCUGGAUACUCUAUUUUCUAUAAUGAAAUUAACUCAAUUAUGGACUUGACAGGGGAAGAACUUGUAUCACCGAUAUUUGUGUGUGCAGAGGCUUACGCGGCAUUCAGUUGCUUUGACCCAGAAAUCUAUAAAACAGUGUUGACAAAGAAAGUGAAGAAAACGAACUUCUAUGACAUCGACCAGAUGGGAGAACUCUUGUUGAUCGAACACUUCAUGUACACGUAUUACGGCAAUAAGGAGAUGAUUGUUAAGAAUUUUGACUACGACAUGUUUGAGUCGGUGCACUCCAAAAUUAUGGAGAGCGACAACUAUGCACUCAUUUGUCUUCUCAUAUCGACGAUAUACCAAAUCAUCCCCGUUCUACCUGGAGAGAGCAGAAAGAGGGUUGUGUCGCAUUUCAUUCUUUCACAUCGUAAUUUCGACAGAAUGUUCUGUCACUGGAAUCACAACGUGAGAGUAUUCUUCUGUGAGUUGUUGUUGUACAAAAUCACUGUGUGUCCGUCGUGGAACCGAGUCAAAUCGAAUGCGCUUCUUCAAAUUGAAAAACCGUUGUACGACAAAUUAAAAACGAGUGAAUUUGACAUGUUCAAGACCGACGUUAAAAUUGUCGAAACAGUGAACAACCGAAUUUCAUCUGUCAAAAAAGCGAAGGAGAAAGGGUUUGACCGCGAGGAUGAGAAGAAGCUGUCGAUCUACAUCUCUCCGGCAUUAAAAGACUUUGAAUCCGAGUACACCGACUACAAAAAUUGGGAGAACACCAACGCAGCGGAACCCCUAUAUAAAUUGCUUGAGAUGACGCGUCUCAACAGACUCGACAAGGACGUUAUUUGA